GUGCCUUCCCUCGCGGCAUCAAGUGUGAGUUCCUCAAAAUUGGGGAUAUCCUUGCUCAUAUCUGAAAUCACCAUAUAUCCGAGCGGAAAAGCGCGCGCAAAAAAUGUGAGGUUAAUUUGGCGGGAAUGAAAAUAAUUCCAACAGUAGGACAAAAAAAAAGUGAUGGACCCACUGAGGAUAAUUGAUUCCCUCCAUUUGGAGAAAUUGCCUGAGGCUUGGGUGUCGUCCAUUUGGGACGGCCAGUUCCUGAUCCUGGAGCGCCUCCCCGAGGAUUACCGCCUCCAGGUUGAGGACCUGGACGGUAUUCUUGGGGAAGUGAUAAAAGUCCUGAAGACAUCGAUGAGGAAAACCAGACGGGAUGACCCGGAGGAUUCCCAGGAGGCGGUGGUCUCGUGGCAGACGUUCACCGCCAAGAAGGUGAACGCUCGUUCCCUCCUGGCAGUGCUCGGGUGCCUCAUGAAAAUCGGUCAUAAUCAGGAUAACGAGGAUGCACGUCAGUCGUGUCUCCUGGGGACGAGCCUCUACUUGACUUUGUUGGCCAUCCCCGGGAGUUCGGUAUACGAGAUCUUCCACGAAAAUCUUUUCCAGCUCGCUUUGGAUACACUGAGACUCUCGGAGGCACUGGUCACCCCAACGAAGAGGUCGAAGACGCCCCAGGAGUUGGAGGAGCUCUACGAGGAGGAUGAUCACACGACGGGCCUGAGCCACACGCAAAAGCACAAUCUCAUGAUGAGUUUGAAUACCAUCAUGUACGAGAUGAUCGUCUUCCUCGAGGAGUUCAACCUCCUGGACAUCCCGCGCUCCCUUGAGGCGGUGAUCGGUGCAUUGAUCGAUGUGACGAAACUGGGAGGUGAUGGAACAGUCCAGACCCCGAAGAAAAAUGCCCCACCAUCGGCGUCCCUCGCCACCCUGACCCACAACGCGUACGCAGCGCUCAAGGCCACCUGCCAUCCGCGUCACGGCCCCAUCCCCAUCACCAUUAAGCUUAUCAUCAAGAAGAUCUUGACAUUUAUGACGCAGAACUGCUAUAACGAUCUCAAUACCAAAAAUCUGGCCAACGUCCGGAAAACGACGAUCCACUUCCUGUCGACGCUCGUUGAGCCCCACCAAGAGGCGACGGAGGCCGGAAUCCUGAUCUUGGUGAAUCAGAUAAUGAUUCACUGCUCGAAGAUCGCGGAUGAUCGCCGGAAGGAGGUGGCCAUGAUAAUUGAUCUCAUCAGGAUCCUGAAGACGAGGCAGUCGAUGGACGCCAUCGGCAGGGAUUUCCUGAGGUUCUCUCACAGUAGCAAGAUAACUUGGAGAAUAUUCGCCCAGGAGAUUAUCAAUAGAUACUUGAAGGUGUGGGAGGACCUGGGGACCAUGGAGGGUCGAAACCUGAGGAAAAUUCUGUUGGGGGCGGUUCUGUGUCACUGCAACGACGCGUCGAGUCUCGUUCGGGCGAAAUGCAUGUCUACCCUCUCAGAAUACACGGAGGUUCCGGGGAACCUCUUCGUCGGGGAGUUAUUUACGAAAGAGGAGGACGGAGCAGUUCCCUCUGUAGAGGACCUUGAGGAGGCGGUGACCAACCUCUCGGAGGAUCUGGACAUCCUGCCGGGCGUUGACGCCAUGAUCUCGAUGUUAAAGGAGCGAGUCGAGGACGAAAGAGCGGCCGUUCGCAUUUCGGUGAUUCAGAUUUUCUAUAAUUCCGUGAAAAUUAAUGAGAAUAUCCUGACGAAUGUCAUCGACAUCAUCUCCGCGCAUUGCCGGGACCCCACAUUAACCGUCCGUAUACGGGCGAUUCAAAUCCUGACGUCUCUCUUCGAAUUAUUCCCUCAACACGAGACCUUCUGCACCACCUGGACGAAAUCGGUGGUACCCCAGGUGUUCGAUGUCGAAGUAAACGUGCAGGUGGAGUCCUUGAAGGCACUAGAGUCCCUCACCCUCAAGAAGAUAUCUCUCCCAGAUGAAAACAAAGAUCUGCCCUGGAGAGUCAUUGGAGAACUCACCAGGAGCAAGAUGAGGAAGCAUCUGGCGAAGGCCUGCGAUGCGUGGACAGAGACCGGAAAUCUGACAGACCCCAUCCUCAGGAAAAUCCAGUCUGAGAUCGACUCGGAGCACAACAUCGAGGCAUGGAUACUCCUCUCCGCCAUUUCCCAGUGUCGAAUCAUCCCGGAUAUGCAGCACCAUUUCAAGAGGUACGAGGAUUUCUUCGAGGCGGACGACUUUCUGGAGCCCGUCUUCGAGGUCCUCAGAAGCUGCUGCACGAGCUUCGACCGAGAUUUCCUGAAGAAGAUGCACGAAGUCUUUUUGAAACACCUGGAGGACUUCCGUAUCAAUGAAAGAUUGAUCAAUAUAUCCCUGGAUAUUGUUCACCAGAUCUCGACAUGCCUGAUGUUGAACCAGGAGAUCGUCGAGUCCUUCGAGGGGAGGAUGGGGCACCUCGUGGCCUCCGCCGAGAGGAUUAUCUCCUCGAUGAUCACCCACGAAGUCUCCGAAACCACCUGCAUCAGAGCGAUCUACACUCUGGGUCACGCCUCGCUCCUCUGCUCAGUGGAAAUUUCUGUUCCAGUUUUGCGAAUUCUUCAGGGUCUCCUCAUUUCUCAGGAGACGAUCCCCAUGUGGUUUUCGGACUCCAAGCGACUCCAAGCCUGUGCAAUUGUCGCCCUGGGCCAGCAGUCGAUGCGCAAGGAGUCGAUCGCCCACGAGAUGAUGACAAUUUUCGCUCAAUUGUUGUGCACCAGGUCCUCGGCCCAGGCCUCCGAGGACGCAUCGAUCCGUGUCAACGCCGCUAAAGCCCUGGCCGACGUCGCAACGAGAUUCACUGCCCUCGUCGAGCCUCACCUCCCCGAUAUCUGCGUCUCCAUGAAAGACAGCAACCCCAUCGUCCGUGAGGCAAUCGUCGUCAUCUUCAUUCAACUCCUCGUCGAGGACUACAUCAAGGUCAAGGGUUCUUUCUUCUUCCACAUCCUCACGAUGCUGACGGACCCGGAGGCCACCAUCCGCGAGAUGACCGUCUUUCUCAUCAAAGAGCGGCUCCUCAUGAAGAACAAGGACCUCAUCUCCCAACAGUUCCUGGAGGCAAUCUACCACUACAACGACUUCGAGAUGAACAAUAAAUUCAACAAGCGAUGCAUGAGAGAUCACGAGAAGAUGGCCCUGCUCCUCAAGGGUGAGGAUAACGCUGCGAACCGGAGGCUCAUUUAUGACUUCCUUUUGGAAAACCUCGACGUAGCGGGCAAAUCAAAAUUGCACCAGGUCCUGACGACCCAAAUCUUCAAUAAUUUCCUCAGUGGAAGCGUCAAGGUCACCCAGGAUGAGGCCCUCUGGGUGCUGAAGGACACUCUCUACGUAAUCGCGAGUGACCACCUCCAGGUGGGCAGCGGGGGACGAUCCCAGGGCGAAGACGAGGACGAGACAGAGGGUAAGGUCAGCAAUUCGACGAAUGUUCAUCUGGAGAAGAUGAAGAAGCAUAGGCUCUUGGUUCUGCUCCCGAAGAUGGCGGAGCUGAGGCGGAAGGUGACCAAGUCCGAGGUGGAGGCCGACGUCGGCAGAGCUUUUGCGAAAAUCUCUGCAGAGUUCGGGAAGGAUCAGCUGACUGGACUAUUCGUCGAGUUUCCGUGGAUUGAGGAGGAGAUCGAGCGUAAUGGCAGAUUGUAUGGAAAAAAAGUGCCUGUGGAGGAGGAGAAUAAUGACUCCUCUCAACCAAUUGAAGAAUUGACGCAAGUUAACCAGAGGCAUCCACUCCUGAGCAAUAGAACCCCAAGAAUCAUUCUGAGAAGACUCUCAUCACUGACUUAUCCAGGUCUCCAUUAUGGCCCGAAGGCUAAUGAGGGGUCCAUCAACAGAACUUUUUCAACUCCAGUAGUUGUCUUGAGUGAUUGCGUGCGGGAUCUUAAUUUAAUUGACAAACCCAAGGCCACGAGACGAUGAUGUACACACGUCAUACUUACAAUAAAAUUUUUAUACAACAAUUUGUUUAUCUCGAGAAGGACUCGAGCAGGAAAAAAAUGUUACUAAAAUUUUUUGGAGGAAAUUUAA